UGUUUGGAGACUCGAACUAAAAGUUGGCUCAGAUAUUGCACUGCCCAGAGAGACUUUAACGGGCCACAGUACUCUUUUCACAUAUCUCAGUCGAGUGUGAGUAGUUUACACAACGGUGAUGUUUACGAGCCGCGCUAGCAUGGACUCCGCUACUAGCUCGUGCUGAGCGUUAGCUCAGUGACAGAGGACUAGCCGACUUCACCGAACGGACACGAGGAAGUCUACACGGACAUUCGUGCGCGCGGGAGGACGGUGACGAUGGAGCAGACGGAGCGGACGAGGUGACAGCAGGGAACGAGGACGCGUCGCAGGUAGCUGGAGCUACGGGACUCGGCGGGAGCUGUCUGGACAUCGCUCUACGGCCUGGCUGGCUGCACCGCCAUGUUGCUUCUACAGUGCGAGAGAGGAGGACAGAGAACAGUGGACACACAGUUUAACAUGAUGGACUAUAGGACAGGACUGCUGCUUUUAACUAUCUGCUGGGCAGGUGUUGAUGGUCAGACUCUGACAGAAUCUGAACCAGUGAUUAAAAGGCCUGGAGAAUCUCACAGACUGACCUGUACAGCCUCUGGAUUGCACUUUGAUAACUACUGGAUGGCCUGGAUCAGACAGGCUCCUGGAAAAGGACUGGAGUGGGUUGCUACUGUCACUCAUGACAGUAAGAGCAAAUACUACUCUCAGUCAGUUCGAGGCCAGUUCACCAUCUCCAGAGACAACAACAUCGAUCAAGUGUAUCUGCAGAUGAACAGUCUGAAGACUGAAGAUUCUGCUGUUUAUUAUUGUGCUCGAUAUGCAUGGGGUAGCGGCUACUUUGACUACUGGGGAAAAGGAACAACCGUGACCGUCACAUCAGCCACUCCAAAUGCACCAACUGUGUUUCCUCUGAUGCAAUGUGGUUCUGGGACUGGAAACACGGUCACUCUUGGUUGCCUUGCCACCGGCUUCACACCCUCCUCACUGACCUACUCAUGGAGCAUAGUAAAUGGGGCUGCCUUGACAGACUUCAUUCAGUACCCUCCAGUACUGAAAGACAACCUUUAUACUGGAAUAAGUCAAGUCCAAGUGAGCAAACAGGACUGGGACGCCCCGAAAUCCUUCAGAUGUGAUGUGACACAUACAGCGGGAAAUCAACAUGUUAUUAUCACAAAGCCAAAGGAGCGGGUUGUGCCUCCAAGCAUCACAUUACACCCUGUCUGGGACAAUGUCCCUGUCGGGGCCUCAUCAGUCAGACUUGUCUGCACCCUAAGUGGCUACUUUCCAGACAAACUGAGUGUGGAGUGGAAGCGGGACAACCAACGUCUACAACCUGCCAAAAGCCCAACGAAGCUGCAGAGUGCGGACGGAACGGAGAAAACCUUCAGUCUAACCAGUGAGAUUGAGCCAAAAACAACAGAGUGGGAACGAGGCUCAAAGUUUACAUGCAAGUCAACUCACAAAGAUCAGGAAUAUAAAAAAACAAUAAGCAUUUGUCAAAUCCAUGAAAGCGCCCCUCCCUCCAUCCAUGUGGAGAUUCCCAGCUUCAAGACAGUAAUGAUGGCAACAGGAUCCAACGUGAAAGCAACAUGUUUGGUCCGCUCUGAUUUUGACGCCAAAUUGACCUGGCGGAUAAAUGGGGGAGAUGCACCACGUGAACAAGUUACGCAGGACAAAAACUCAACUUAUAUAUUCAGUACUGUGACGGUUUCUUCAACUGAGUGGAAAAAAAUAAGGUUAAUAACAUGUAAAGCUGAACAUCAGUGCUUCUCACCCACUGAGAAGACUGUGAAUGUUGCAGGGCCUGCAGUUACAACUCCUGUGGUCACGAUCAGGAGAUCUCUUAAUGAAUUGCUGAAGGGGAACAGUGCUGUGCUGGAGUGUGACGUCACAGGACUCUCAUCACGUGACCUGUACAUCACUUUUCAAGCUGGCACCUCUGACAUCUCUGAAAAACUGUAUGUUGAUCUUCCUGAAGCCCCAGGCCCGCAUUCAAUCAGUAGAAGCUUCCCUGUCCCGCCAGAGCACUUCAAGAAAGACAAAAGUUUCACCUGCAAAGUGUACCAAGGCUUCUCUGUGGAUUUUACAUCAAACUCCAUUGGAAAUAUUUUUGCGGACCCGUCAAUCAAACUUCUUCUGGCCCCCAGUGAAGAGUCAGGAUCACAGACACUCGUAUGCUCUGGACGGGGCUUCAACCCUCACAUUCAAUGGUCUUCUGAGUCUCAGCAAAGAGCUCCAUCAACUAAUGACAUCAGCAUGGGUGCAGAUGGGCAUGUGACAGUGACCAGUCAACUUCAAAUCACUCCCAAAGAGUGGAGCACAGGGAAGGUCUUCACUUGUCAAGUAUCAGACAAGUCCCUGGGCAAAAACAUCAGAAAGGACAUCAGCCUCUGCUCAGCUUAUUCAAGAACCCCUCCCUCCAUCCAUGUGGAGAUUCCCAGCUUCAAGACAGUAAUGAUGGCAACAGGAUCCAAUGUGGAAGCAACAUGUUUGGUACGCUCUGAUUUUGACGCCAAGUUGACCUGGCAGAUAAAUGGGGAAGAUGCAACACAUGUCCAAGCGACGCAGGACAAAAACUCAACUUAUAUAUUCAGUACUGUGACGGUUUCUUCAACUGAGUGGAAAAAAAUAAAGUUAAUAACAUGUAAAGCUGAACAUCAGUGCUUCUCACCCACUGAGAAGACUGUGAAUGUUGCAGGGCCUGCAGUUACAACUCCUGUGGUCACGAUCAGGAGAUCUCUUAAUGAAUUGCUGAAGGGGAACAGUGCUGUGCUGGAAUGUGACGUCACAGGACUCUCAUCACGUGACCUGUAUAUCACUUUUCAAGCUGGCACCUCUGACAUCUCUGAAAAACUGUAUGUUGAUCUUCCUGAAGCCCCAGGCCCGCAUUCAAUCAGUAGAAGCUCUGUCCCGCCAGAGCACUUCAAGAAAGACAAAAGUUUCACCUGCAAAGUGUACCAAGGCUUCUCUGUGGAUUUUACAUCAAACUCCAUUGGAAAUAUUUUUGCGGACCCGUCAAUCAAACUUCUUCUGGCCCCCAGUGAAGAGUCAGGAUCACAGACACUCGUAUGCUCUGGACGGGGCUUCAACCCUCACAUUCAAUGGUCUUCUGAGUCUCAGCAAAGAGCUCCAUCACCGAAUGACAUCAGCAUGGGUGCAGAUGGGCGUGUGACAGUGACCAGUCAACUUCAAAUCACUCACACAGAGUGGAGCACAGGGAAGGUCUUCACUUGUCAAGUAUCAGACAAGUCCCUGGGCAAAAACAUCAGAAAGAACAUCAGCCUCUGCUCAGCUUAUUCAAGAGCCCUUCCCUCCAUCCAUGUGGAGAUUCCCAGCUUCAAGACAGUAAUGAUGGCAGGAGGAUCUAACGUGGAAGCAACAUGUUUGGUCCGCUCUAAUUUUGACGCCCAGUUGACCUGGCGGAUAAAUGGGGAAGAUGCAACACAUGUCCAAGCGACGCAGGACAAAAACUCAACAUAUAUAUUCAGUACUGUGACGGUUUCUUCAACUGAGUGGAAAAAAAUAAAGUUAAUAACAUGUAAAGCUGAACAUCAGUGCUUCUCACCCACUGAAAAGACCGUGAAUGUUGCAGGGCCUGCAGUUACAACUCCUGUGGUCACGAUCAGGAGAUCUCUUAAUGAAUUGCAAGGAACAGUGCUGUGCUGGAGUGACAUCACAGGACUCUCAGCACGUGACCUGUACAUCACUUUUCAAGCUGGCACCUCUGACAUCUCUGAAAAACUGUAUGUUGAUCUUCCUGAAGCCCCAGGCCUGCAUUCAAUCAGUAGAAGCCUCCCUGUCCCGCCAGAGCACUUCAAGAAAGACAAAAGUUUCACCUGCAAAGUGUACCAAGGCUUCUCUGUGGAUUUUACAUCAAACUCCAUUGGAAAUAUUUUUGCAGACCCGUCAAUCAAACUUCUUCUGGCCCCCAGUGAAGAGUCAGGAUCACAGACACUCGUAUGCUCUGGACGGGGCUUCAACCCUCACAUUCAAUGGUCUUCUGAGUCUCAGCAAAGAGCUGCAUCAACGAAUGACAUCAGCAUGGGUGCAGAUGGGCGUGUGACAGUGACCAGUCAACUUCAAAUCACUCACACAGAGUGGAGCACAGGGAAGGUCUUCACUUGUCAAGUAUCAGACAAGUCCCUGGGCAAAAACAUCAGAAAGGACAUCAGCCUCUGCUCAGCUUAUUCAAGAGCGCCUCCCUCCAUCCAUGUGGAGAUUCCCAGCUUCAAGACAGUAAUGAUGGCAGGAGGAUCCAACGUGGAAGCCACAUGUUUGGUCCGCUCUGAUUUUGACGCCAAGUUGACCUGGCGGAUUAAUGGGGAAGAUGCAACACAUGUCCAAGUGACGCAGGACAAAAACUCAACUUAUAUAUUCAGUACUGUGGCGGUUUCUUCAACUGAGUGGAAAAAAAUAAAGUUAAUAACAUGUAAAGCUGAACAUCGGUGCUUCUCACCCACUGAGAAGACUGUGAAUGUUGCAGAGGAGCGGGUUGUGCCUCCAAACAUCACAUUACACCCUGUCUGGGACAAUGUCCCUGUCGGGGCCUCAUCAGUCAGACUUGUCUGCACCCUAAGUGGCUACUUUCCAGACGAACUGAGUGUGGAGUGGAAGCGGGACAACCAACGUCUACAACCUGCCAAAAGCCCGACGAAGCUGCAGAGUGCGGAGGGAACGGGGAAAACCUUCAGUCUAACCAGUGAGAUUGAGCCAAAAACAACAGAGUGGGAACGAGGCUCAAAGUUUACAUGCAAGUCAACUCACAAAGAUCAGGAAUAUAAAAAAACAAUAAGCAUUUGUCAAAUCCAUGAAAGCGCCCCUCCCUCCAUCCAUGUGGAGAUUCCCAGCUUCAAGACAGUAACGAUGGCAACAGGAUCCACUGUGAAAGCAACAUGUUUGGUCCGCUCUGAUUUUGACGCCAGGUUGACCUGGCGGAUAAAUGGGGAAGAUGCAACACAUGUCCAAGUGACGCAGGACAAAAACUCAACUUAUAUAUUCAGUACUGUGGCGGUUUCUUCAACUGAGUGGAAAAAAAUAAAGUUAAUAACAUGUAAAGCUGAACAUCAGUGCUUCUCACCCACUGAGAAGACCGUGAAUGUUGCAGGGCCUGCAGUUACAACUCCUGUGGUCACGAUCAGGAGAUCUCUUAAUGAAUUGCUGAAGGGGAACAGUGCUGUGCUGGAGUGUGACGUCACAGGACUCUCAUCACGUGACCUGUACAUCACUUUUCAAGCUGGCACCUCUGACAUCUCUGAAAAACUGUAUGUUGAUCUUCCUGAAGCCCCAGGCCCGCAUUCAAUCAGUAAAAGCUUCCCUGUCCCGCCAGAGCACUUCAAGAAAGACAAAAGUUUCACCUGCAAAGUGUACCAAGGCUUCUCUGUGGAUUUUACAUCAAACUCCAUUGGAAAUAUUUUUGCGGACCCGUCAAUCAAACUUCUUCUGGCCCCCAGUGAAGAGUCAGGAUCACAGACACUCGUAUGCUCUGCGGGCUUCAACCCUCACAUUCAAUGGUCUUCUGAGUCUCAGCAAAGAGCUCCAUCAACUAAUGACAUCAGCAUGGGUGCAGAUGGGCGUGUGACAGUGACCAGUCAACUUCAAAUCACUCUCACAAAGUGGAGCACAGGAAAGGUCACUUGUCAAGUAUCAGACAAGUCCCUGGGCAAAAACAUCAGAAAGGACAUCAGCCUCUGCUCAGCUUAUUCAAGAGCCCUUCCCUCCAUCCAUGUGGAGAUUCCCAGCUUCAAGACAGUAAUGAUGGCAGGAGGAUCCAACGUGGAAGCAACAUGUUUGGUACGCUCUGAUUUUGACGCCAAGUUGACCUGGCAGAUAAAUGGGGAAGAUGCAACACAUGUCCAAGCGACGCAGGACAAAAACUCAACUUAUAUAUUCAGUACUGUGGCGGUUUCUUCAACUGAGUGGAAAAAAAUAAAGUUAAUAACAUGUAAAGCUGAACAUCAGUGCUUCUCACCCACUGAGAAGACUGUGAAUGUUGCAGGGCCUGCAGUUACAACUCCUGUGGUCACGAUCAGGAGAUCUCUUAAUGAAUUGCUGAAGGGGAACAGUGCUGUGCUGGAAUGUGACGUCACAGGACUCUCAUCACGUGACCUGUAUAUCACUUUUCAAGCUGGCACCUCUGACAUCUCUGAAAAACUGUAUGUUGAUCUUCCUGAAGCCCCAGGCCCGCAUUCAAUCAGUAGAAGCUUCCCUGUCCCGCCAGAGCACUUCAAGAAAGACAAAAGUUUCACCUGCAAAGUGUACCAAGGCUUCUCUGUGGAUUUUACAUCAAACUCCAUUGGAAAUAUUUUUGCGGACCCGUCAAUCAAACUUCUUCGCCCCAGUGAAGAGUCAGGAUCACAGACACUCGUAUGCUCUGCGGGCUUCAACCCUCACAUGCAAUGGUCUUCUGAGUCUCAGCAAAGAGCUCCAUCAACUAAUGACAUCAGCAUGGGUGCAGAUGGGCGUGUGACAGUGACCAGUCAACUUCAAAUCACUCACACAGAGUGGAGCACAGGGAAGGUCUUCACUUGUCAAGUAUCAGACAAGUCCCUGGGCAAAAACAUCAGAAAGAACAUCAGCCUCUGCUCAGCUUAUUCAAGAGCGCCUCCCUCCAUCCAUGUGGAGAUUCCCAGCUUCAAGACAGUAAUGAUGGCCGGAGUAUCCAAUGUGGAAGCAACAUGUUUGGUACGCUCUGAUUUUGACGCCAAGUUGACCUGGCGGAUAAAUGGGGAAGAUGCACCACGUGAACAAGUUACGCAGGACAAAAACUCAACAUAUAUAUUCAGUACUGUGACGGUUUCUUCAACUGAGUGGAAAAAAAUAAAGUUAAUAACAUGUAAAGCUGAACAUCAGUGCUUCUCACCCACUGAGAAGACUGUGAAUGUUGCAGGGCCUGCAGUUACAACUCCUGUGGUCACGAUCAGGAGAUCUCUUAAUGAAUUGCUGAAGGGGAACAGUGCUGUGCUGGAGUGUGACGUCACAGGACUCUCAUCACGUGACCUGUACAUCACUUUUCAAGCUGGCACCUCUGACAUCUCUGAAAAACUGUAUGUUGAUCUUCCUGAAGCCCCAGGCCCAUUCAAUCAGUAGAAGCUUCCUGUCCCGCCAGAGCACUUGAAGAAAGACAAAAGUUUCACCUGCAAAGUGUACCAAGGCUUCUCUGUGGAUUUUACAUCAAACUCCAUUGGAAAUAUUUUUGCGGACCCGUCAAUCAAACUUCUUCUGGCCCCCAGUGAAGAGUCAGGAUCACAGACACUCGUAUGCUCUGGACGGGGCUUCAACCCUCACAUUCAAUGGUCUUCUGAGUCUCAGCAAAGAGCUCCAUCAACUAAUGACAUCAGCAUGGGUGCAGAUGGGCGUGUAACAGUGACCAGUCAACUUCAAAUCACUCACACAGAGUGGAGCACAGGGAAGGUCUUCACUUGUCAAGUAUCAGACAAGUCCCUGGGCAAAAACAUCAGAAAGAACAUCAGCCUCUGCUCAGCUUAUUCAAGAGCGCCUCCCUCCAUCCAUGUGGAGAUUCCCAGCUUCAAGACAGUAAUGAUGGCAGGAGGAUCCAACGUGAAAGCCACAUGUUUGGUCCGCUCUGAUUUUGACGCCAAGUUGACCUGGCGGAUAAAUGGGGAAGAUGCAACACAUGUCCAAGUGACGCAGGACAAAAACUCAACUUAUAUAUUCAGUACUGUGGCGGUUUCUUCAACUGAGUGGAAAAAAAUAAAGUUAAUAACAUGUAAAGCUGAACAUCGGUGCUUCUCACCCACUGAGAAGACUGUGAAUGUUGCAGAGGAGCGGGUUGUGCCUCCAAACAUCACAUUACACCCUGUCUGGGACAAUGUCCCUGUCGGGGCCUCAUCAGUCAGACUUGUCUGCACCCUAAGUGGCUACUUUCCAGACGAACUGAGUGUGGAGUGGAAGCGGGACAACCAACGUCUACAACCUGCCAAAAGCCUGACGAAGCUGCAGAGUGUGGACGGAACGGGGAAAACCUUCAGUCUAACCAGUGAGAUUGAGCCAAAAACAACAGAGUGGGAACGAGGCUCAAAUUUUACAUGCAAGUCAACUCACAAAGAUCAGGAAUAUAAAAAAACAAUAAGCAUUUGUCAAAUCCAUGAAAGCGCCCCUCCCUCCAUCCAUGUGGAGAUUCCCAGCUUCAAGACAGUAAUGAUGGCAACAGGAUCCAACGUGGAAGCAACAUGUUUGGUCCGCUCUAAUUUUGACGCCCAGUUGACCUGGCGGAUAAAUGGGGAAGAUGCAACACAUGUCCAAGUGACGCAGGACAAAAACUCAACAUAUAUAUUCAGUACUGUGACGGUUUCUUCAACUGAGUGGAAAAAAAUAAAGUUAAUAACAUGUAAAGCUGAACAUCAGUGCUUCUCACCCACUGAGAAGACUGUGAAUGUUGCAGGGCCUGCAGUUACAACUCCUGUGGUCACGAUCAGGAGAUCUCUUAAUGAAUUGCUGAAGGGGAACAGUGCUGUGCUGGAGUGUGACAUCACAGGACUCUCAUCACGUGGCCUGUACAUCACUUUUCAAGCUGGCACCUCUGACAUCUCUGAAAAACUGUAUGUUGAUCUUCCUGAAGCCCCAGGCCCGCAUUCAAUCAGUAGAAGCCUCCCUGUCCCGCCAGAGCACUUCAAGAAAGACAAAAGUUUCACCUGCAAAGUGUACCAAGGCUUCUCUGUGGAUUUUACAUCAAACUCCAUUGGAAAUAUUUUUGCGGACCCGUCAAUCAAACUUCUUCUGGCCCCCAGUGAAGAGUCAGGAUCACAGACACUCGUAUGCUCUGCGGGCUUCAACCCUCACAUUCAAUGGUCUUCUGAGUCUCAGCAAAGAGCUCCAUCAACUAAUGACAUCAGCAUGGGUGCAGAUGGGCGUGUGACAGUGACCAGUCAACUUCAAAUCACUCACACAGAGUGGAGCACAGGGAAGGUCUUCACUUGUCAAGUAUCAGACAAGUCCCUGGGCAAAAACAUCAGAAAGAACAUCAGCCUCUGCUCAGCUUAUUCAAGAGCGCCUCCCUCCGUCCAUGUGGAGAUUCCCAGCUUCAAGACAGUAAUGAUGGCAGGAGGAUCCAACGUGGAAGCAACAUGUUUGGUCCGCUCUGAUUUUGACGCCAAGUUGACCUGGCGGAUAAAUGGGAGAGAUGCACCACGUGAACAAGUGACGCAGGACAAAAACUCAACUUAUAUAUUCAGUACUGUGACGGUUUCUUCAACUGAGUGGAAAAAAAUAAAGUUAAUAACAUGUAAAGCUGAACAUCAGUGCUUCUCACCCACUGAGAAGACCGUGAAUGUUGCAGGGCCUGCAGUUACAACUCCUGUGGUCACGAUCAGGAGAUCUCUUAAUGAAUUGCUGAAGGGGAACAGUGCUGUGCUGGAGUGUGACGUCACAGGACUCUCAUCACGUGACCUGUACAUCACUUUUCAAGCUGGCACCUCUGUCAUCUCUGAAAAACUGUAUGUUGAUCUUCCUGAAGCCCCAGGCCCGCAUUCAAUCAGUAGAAGCUUCCCUGUCCCGCCAGAGCACUUGAAGAAAGACAAAAGUUUCACCUGCAAAGUGUACCAAGGCUUCUCUGUGGAUUUUACAUCAAACUCCAUUGGAAAUAUUUUUGCGGACUCGUCAAUCAAACUUCUUCUGGCCCCCAGUGAAGAGUCAGGAUCACAGACACUCGUAUGCUCUGGACGGGGCUUCAACCCUCACAUGCAAUGGUCUUCUGAGUCUCAGCAAAGAGCUCCAUCAACUAAUGACAUCAGCAUGGGUGCAGAUGGGCGUGUGACAGUGACCAGUCAACUUCAAAUCACUCACACAGAGUGGAGCACAGGGAAGGUCUUCACUUGUCAAGUAUCAGACAAGUCCCUGGGCAAAAACAUCAGAAAGAACAUCAGCCUCUGCUCAGUAACUCCAGCAUCAUCUCAGGUGGUUGGCGUAUAUGUUCAGGGACCGCCACCACAGGAGCAUCAGUACAAGGGACAGGUGACUGUCACGUGUCUGCUGGUUGGCCCUUCUCUUAAUGAUUUCUCCGUCACCUGGAAAGUAGAUGGGAAGAAAUAUUCCCAAAAUGUCCAUAGGGAGCCACCAGUGAGUCACAGCAAUGAGACGGAGACAAUGCAGAGCACCCUCAGUGUGUCAGCGGAGGAUUGGCAUGCACAUAAACGAGUGUCUUGUGAGGCAAAGCACCGAUGUUCCAACAAAGGCUACGAGGACCACAUCAGCAAAAGCAGAGAGCUGCAUCCACCAGCAGUGAAGAUAAUAGAACCGGCUGCCUCUGACCUGUCUACGUCUGACUUCCUCACACUCAUUUGCCUCGUGUCUGGAUUUUUCCCAUCUAACAUCAUAGUGUACUGGGAGGAGAAUGACCAGAGACUCCCUUCAACUGUCUACACCAACAGUCCUGCAUGGAAAUACACAGGGAGCAGCACUUAUUCAAUGAGCAGCAGACUAAAUACAUCAAAAACUGAGGACAAGGAGUCUACGUAUUCUUGUGUUGUCAGACAUGAGUCAUCUUUUGAGAGCACUAUAAAGGACGUGUAUGCCUCAGUGACCCAUAGCAAACCUUCAGUUACCUUGCUCCAGGGCUCUGGUGAACUUGUGUGCCUGGUGUUUGGCUUCAGCCCUGAGUCCAUUAAUAUCACCUGGUUUCUUGAUGACACUGGGGAACUGCUGGAAUACAACACUAGUGAACCACACAGAGGCCCAGACGGGAAGUUCAGCAUCCAAAGCCACCUUCGUCUGUCCAAAGCCAGCAGGUUCCUUGGGGCAGUCUUCACCUGCAGGGUGACACAUGCAAACACCAUUUUAAACACCACCCUAUCCCUGGAUGUAUCUAACCCAGAAAUCUUAGAGGACUGUAAUUUCUUAGAUGACAUCAGGCAUAUUGAUGUCAACCACAGCAAAGGUGUGGACAGCUGGUAUACGGCUUUCGCCUUCCUCCUUUUCUUCCUCAUAUCCCUCAUCUAUGGUGUCCUUGCUACCAUGAUUAAGACUAAAUGAUGAUGAUCUCACAGGACAGAUCUCAUUCUAUGAUCCAAAUAUGUGACCUGAGGAUUUCUGAUGGCAUAUGGUUUUACUAGUUUUAAAGUUUGAUCAAAGCUAUUAUUUAUUUAUUUUAUUUUUUUUUUUUUAAUGGAACUGGUUUGACCUGCAUUCAUUUCUUUUUUGCAUGUACGUUAUAUAUUUGGUGUGGCUUGUAUGUGGUGCAUUAAUAAUAAAUAAUGAAGCUUUGAAUUCUAACUUUAAGAUUCAAAUGCUAAUGUAAUGAGCAAAUAUUAUAUCACUGGACUUGUUGCAUUUACAAAAAAAUAAAUAAAAUAAAGA